GUAUUUUCAAGCUGCGUCUGGUUUGACCGCAGUAAGAAGCGACAGUGUAUGAUAAUGAAGUGUCACACAAUACUCAAACGAUUUGAACAUGCUCUAUAGUAACAGGUUUUUAAAUUGAUUUAUUACAUAGUAUUAAUAGUCGAGAUCCGAAACCACGAGAGCUAACUCUUAGCUAAUCGAUCGUGCGCAUGCGCGGCGUGUGCACAUGAUCGCGUCAGUAGCGAUGGCGACGUCCGCGCGGUGUGCAGCACGCUGGGUGUCUGCCUCAGUGUCCUCUAAUGUCCGGACUUAUAGCACUUUUGCCUCCAGGCCUAAUGGAGCUAAUCGAGUUUUGGCUAAUGUCUGGAGCGGCGUGUUUUGGUCAGCGGGCAGCAGAGUUGGAGAAGGAACUAAUAAAGCGGUGACAUUGACGCGUCAGAUAGGAGGAAACCCUCAUCAUCUUCUCCCCAGGCUGCAUUUCCAUGUUAGUGCUAGUGCCAGUAAAAAACAGGACUUUUAUGAUGUUCUCGGGGUUCCACGCACAGCAUCGCAGAAAGAGAUAAAGAAAGCCUAUUACCAACUGGCAAAGAAAUAUCAUCCAGACACAAAUAAAGACGACCCACAGGCCAAAGAGAAAUUUGCACAGUUGGCUGAAGCCUAUGAGGUGCUUGGUGAUGAGAUGAAGAGGAAGCAGUAUGACACAUACGGCACAGCAGGGUUCGGUGCAGCUGGCGCAGGAGCAGGUCAGCAGCAGUACUGGAGCAGCGGUGCCAGCAUAGACCCUGAGGAACUUUUCCGCAAGAUCUUUGGGGAGUUUUCUGGAGCUCGAGGCUUUGGCAAUCUCAACGGCAUCUACGAUCAGCCUCAGGAGUAUGUGAUGGAGCUGACAUUUACACAAGCUGCCAAAGGCGUGAAUAAGGAACUCACAGUGAACAUUGAGGCCGCCUGCCAGCGCUGUCAUGGUAAAGGCCAUGAGCCAGGCUCUGAAAUCCAGCGCUGCAACCACUGCAACGGCACAGGAAUGGAGACUGUGAAUAAAGGACCAUUUGUGAUGGGCUCUACCUGUCGGCGGUGCGGCGGCCGUGGCUCAGUGAUCACCUCCCCCUGUGUAGCAUGUAAAGGAACGGGUCGGAGCAAGCAGAGACGCACCGUCAUGGUUCCGGUUCCUGCUGGUAUUGAAGAUGGGCAGACAGUCAGAAUGCCUGUGGGAAAUAAAGAGAUCUUUAUCACAUUUAGGGUCCAGAAGAGUCCUGUGUUUAGGCGAGAUGGUGCUGAUAUUCACUCAGAUGUUCAGAUUUCAGUGGCUCAGGCCAUCCUGGGAGGCACAGUGCGAGCACAGGGACUCAGUGAGACGGUCAACCUUUCUAUUCCUGCUGGUGUCCAGGCUGAUCAGAAGAUCAGGCUUUCUGGAAAGGGAAUCCCACGAGUCAGUGGCUAUGGUUACGGUGACCAUUACAUCCAUAUCAAGAUUAAAGUUCCCAAGAUGCUAACUGAUAGACAGCGAGCACUCAUUAUGAGCUACGCAGAAGACGAGGUGGGUGUGGAGGGAACUGUAAAUGGAGUCUCCACCACCACUACAGGUAAAAGAUCUACAGGAAACUGAGAGCACUGUGGAGGACGACGCAGGGCAGGUGCUCUGACAGACUGCUGGACACAGAAAAGAGAAACAAGACAUUUGAGAAUUUCCACUUCUCUUCUGAAGCAGCCCGUCAUGUCACGAGACCAUUCUUUCGAUACAGGCCUAAUAGAAGAUGGUCUUCUCCACAAGGACUCUGCUCAUCCACACUGAAGAUGAUCUCACUAGCUUUAUGUGCAGUGGUGUCUAGUGUGUGGAAGGCAUUCAGAGCUCGAUAAACCCACCUUGUGGGAUUUCUCUCUGUACAGAUGAGUAAAGAGUGAGUUACAGGAACCUCUGCUCUGCUUCAAUAGAGAGUAAUGAAAUGCUGAACGUCAGUGUUUAAACAAAAGCCAUAUAUACUUUAAUUACUACUUUACCAUAAAUUAAAGGUGACAUUUAACAAACAGGAACAUGAGUCAGGUGUUUUGCAUAAAAAUUUUAUUAGUCUAAAAGAUAGAACAAGUCAGAAAUGUACAAGAGCACGUGUGGGCAUAAAGACUGAGGUAUCAGCAAAAACUGUUACUAAUCCUAAACUGAUUGUCAAUUCAGCUGCUCCACUGUAGUACACAGUCCUUAUUUAAAGGUGCAAUAUGUAAAAUUCAAUGAAUAAAUCAGUUUGUUUGUAAGCUUUUAAUUAGGUACAGUAAACUGUGUGUAUAUUUAAAUCUUCUCUUGAUCACUGUUGGAUCAUCCUGUCAGUGGAAUGUUAUACACAUCUACCUUUACAUAAUAGUUUUGUGCAUUAAUGCAACCUGCAUUUGCAAAGUGUGUUUUGAAAAUUCAAAUAUAACCUGCUGUAGUGAAUUUGUUGAACAUGACCAUAAGUCCAA